AUGGCUGAAUGGGAGAAGUUGAGAAUUUUAGGGAAGGGGUCCUCUGCUAUUGUCUACCUUGCUGCCAUGGUUGCUCCACAAGAAUGCAUAGGGAAUGUGGUGGCUGUGAAGAGUUCAAUGCCUCUCUCAAUAGGUUCAUUGAUGAGAGAAGAAAAUAUAAUGAGAUCGUUGAUUGGUUGUGAAGAAUUCAUUCAAUGCUACUUUGGCCAAUUCACUAUUGAGAAGGGUGAAUUCAUCUAUAAUCUUGUUAUGGAAUUUGCACCUUAUGGCUCUCUCCGAGACUUAAUUAGGAAGGGGCCACUGCUUGAGAGUGAAGCAAGAAUCUACACCAUUAUGCUUCUUAAAGGGCUUUCUUGCAUUCAUCAAGCCGGAGUUGUUCACUGUGAUUUAAAGCCCGACAACAUUCUUCUAUUUCCUUCAUCUAAGAAUGAUGCAAAGUAUCAACUCAAGAUUGCAGAUUUUGGAUUGUCCAAGACUAAAGAAGAGAUUAUCAAUGCUGAGUCUUGGAAUUUCAAGUUUAGAGGGACACCAUUAUACAUGUCACCAGAAUCAGUUAAGGGUCAGAUUGAAACUUCAUUGGAUAUAUGGUCUCUUGGAUGUAUAGUCAUAGAGAUGAUCACUGGGUUAUAUGUAUGGAGGAACCCUCCAACUUCGAAGGAGAUGAUUCCAACUAUAGAUGAGAUGAUGUACAAGCUUGCUGUCCUUGAAGAAGCACCAAUGAUACCUAAUGGAGUAAGUGAGGAUUGCAGAGAUUUCUUGACCAAAUGUUUCAUCAAAAAUCCUAGUCAGAGAUGGACUGCUAGCAAGCUUCUCCACCAUCCUUUUCUGUUUUCUCCAUAUGAUUCUUUUAGAGGUUAUGAAAGAUUUCAUAUGGUUAAUUCUUCGUCCUCAUUUUUUUCUUAUGAUUGUAAUUGGUUGUCAUUUAAGUCAUAA